AUGGACCUUGUCUUGGAAUAUGGCCUGUACAACAUCGGCGACAAAGCUGCGUUGAAGGUGAUUCUUGACGACCGUCACUCCUUUCCUACGCAGUCGUUCGAGAUAGUCAAAGGUCUUCUCAAUGUCCGAUUUGAGAGAAUCAAUCCAGGAUCAAAUACAACUCACUCAGUUGUUGUCAGGCCGCGUCAAUUCGGAGUCUUCAACUACACCUCAGCUCAAGUAACUUACAUCUCGGAAGGCAGCACUGAUAUACGUGUCGGAUACACGAAUGCUCCUGGCGAGGGAUACAUCUAUCGUUUGAAAGAAUACGAACGCAAAUUUGCUCCAAAGUAUAUUUACUGGAUAGUUUUCUUCAUUCUCAUAGCUCCUACAACUUUGGGAUCACUUCUCGCCUACUCUAAGAGUAAAACUAAAUAUGUGGAGCUUGCCAAGAAAAAGAACUAG